AUGGCUCUAAAAUGGGCAUUCCUCUUGCUUACAAUCACCUGCUUCAUUGCAAAUUCAACUUCAGCCAGGGAGCUGCUGCCUGGGCAGCAAGGCUUCGACCUCAAAGCCAGACCCGAAGCCAAUGGCAACCUAGUCGAGUGUCUUAGCGCACUGAAAGAGAUCAAAUCAUGCUCAGAUGAGAUCGUUAUUUUCUUCACUAAUGGCACAACUGAUAUUGGCCCGCCUUGUUGCCAGGCAGUCAAGAUGAUCACCCACCAGUGCUGGCCUGCUAUGCUGACUGCCCUCGGGUUCACGCAAGAUGAAUGCUACAUCCUUCGAGGUUACUGUGAUGCAGCCUCUGGGCCUGCUCCAAGUCUGUCACUGCAACUUCCAGCCAAGAAGAAUGGGAAGGCUUAGUAUAUUUGGGCGAAU